AUUUGAUUGCUUCAUUUUUAGUCCAUUCUUUGGUCUUUUCGAAUACCCAUAUAUAUACCGCUGGUUGAACUGCACUCGGCUCGCAUUCAAUCCUUCUUCCCCACUACUACUUCUUUCUUCCUCCCACAACACAAAUCCACUUUCCACAAACACACACACACAACAGUCAUCAUGGCCAACCGAGAAAUUCUGUCGUCUCGAACUGAGACUCUCAACAAGUACCUGAAGCUCGACCAGAAGGGCAAGAUCAUGGCCGAGUAUGUCUGGAUCGACUCUAUCGGCGAGACUCGAUCAAAAUCCAGGACGCUCCCUGAGCUCAAGGACAAGGAGUACACCCCCGAGGAUCUGCCCGUCUGGAACUUCGACGGCUCUUCAACUGGCCAGGCCCCUGGUCACGAUUCCGAUGUCUAUCUUCGCCCUUGCGCCGUCUACCCCGAUCCCUUCCGUGGCUCUCCCAACAUCAUCGUCCUCGCUGAGUGCUGGAACGCCGACGGCACCCCCAACAAGUACAACUACCGCCAUGAGUGCGCCAAGGUCAUGGAGGCCAACGCCUCUCUCGAGCCCUGGUUCGGUCUCGAGCAGGAGUACACUUUCCUCGACCACGACGAGAGGCCUUAUGGCUGGCCCGUUGGCGGUUUCCCUGCUCCUCAGGGUCCCUACUACUGCGGUGUAGGCAGCGGCAAGGUUGUCCUGCGUGACGUCGUUGAGGCCCACUACAAGGCCUGUCUCUAUGCUGGCGUCAACAUCUCUGGUACCAACGCCGAGGUUCUGUCAAGUCAGUGGGAGUUCCAGGUCGGCCCUUGCGUCGGCAUUGAGAUGGGUGACCAGCUCUGGAUUGCCCGUUUCUUCCUUGCCCGCAUCGCCGAGGACUUUGGUGUCAAGAUCUCCCUGCACCCCAAGCCCAUCAAGGGUGCCUGGAACGGCAGUGGUCUGCACUCCAACUUCUCCACCAAGCAGAUGCGUGAGGAGGGUGGCAUGAAGUACAUCGAGGAGGCCCUCAAGGCCCUCGAGCCCCACCACAGCGAGUGUAUCAAGGAGUACGGUGAGGACAACGACCUCCGUCUGACCGGUGACUGCGAGACCGGCUCCAUCGAGAAGUUCAGCUGGGGUGUUGCCAACCGUGGUACCUCCAUCCGUGUUCCCCGUGAAACCGCUGCCCGUGGCUGCGGCUACUUCGAGGAUCGCCGACCCGCCUCCAACGCUGACCCUUACCGUGUCACCAAGAUCCUGAUGACCUCAAUUUUCGGCAAGAUCUAAGUCUUUGGCUUAGAAACUGUGGGGGAAUUGAAAGGAGAGGAUGUGUGUGUGGCGAAGGGAAAAUUUACAUAAGGGGAUGUAACAUUACGGACACUAGGGAGUUGCACUUAAUAUGACCUUGAGGGAAACAAAUGGUUAGGCGUAUGGGUUGUUCUUUUUCAACAUAUAUCAUGAUGACUGGGCAGUCGACUUUUUAGACUUGAUAGCUGUGUAUGCGGCUUAGAUUGAUUUACGAAUGCGAGACAAGGGCUUUGCAACAAGCACCUACAUAUCACUACUAUACUCUCUCC